AUGGAGCUGAAGCUGGAGGUGGUUUUGUCCUCGAGCAUCAAACGCAAGAAGCCCUGGCCGAGGUUUUGUUGGCUCGGACAGGAGAAGCAGUCUGUGUUUCUACUAGAUGACAAACGCAUAAGUGAGAUUAACCUGGUUUCUGGACGCACCAAGAAGAGGACUCCAAAACUCCAUCCACUGCUCAACAAUGUAGUGACCAUGGCUUCAUCCAGCAAUGGUGUGUGGCUUUGUGGACUUCUAAAAACCGGACAAAUAUUUAUGUGGAAUAGAGAUAAAGACGUUCUGAAAAUAACAACAACUGUGCCUGAAGUUGCUGAUUUCACAUCUAGUGUCCAAGGAAGUGCUUCGAGGCUGUCGGUCCAGGUUUCAGGAGAUGGCCUGCAUGUGCUGCUUGUAGCUGUGACAGGGCAGGUGUUCCUCUGGCAGUGUGCGGAUGUCAGAGAUUUGAUAGGUGUCCGAGAUUCCACAGUAAAAGGAAACUGGUCCCAAAUCCAGGCCUCUAAUGACACGAUGCUGCCGACUUCACAAGACAAAGAAGCUUAUGUGCACACACUGUUUGUUAAAACAGAGGCUUUGGGUGAUGUUUGUUUAUCCACCUUUGUGUUUACGUCUGGAAACAAGCUAAUCAUAUCCUGUCUCAAAAUUAUUUGGGGGGAGAAUCAGGAGAAAAUUGGUCCAGUAAAUUACAGUGUAAAAUGGGCCACCAAGACUUUCCUGAUGUCAAGUCUCAAACCUCCCUGCCAACCUGUGAAGUCCAGAGGUGCCUUAGUGUCAGCACUUUCACCUGAUGGCCAACUCCUGGCUGUUGUUUUAAACCAGAGACAGCCACAGGCUACACAAGUCCUUUUUGUCAGCACUGUUAAUUUUGUGUCUGUGUCACGAAGCCUUGGAGGUUGUGGAUGUAAGAAAAUGUCUAUUCCAUCUAAAUAUAUAAGGUCGUACUGGGUGGGCUGUGUGAGCUGGUCUGCUGGUGGACUUUUUCUGGCCUGUGUUUUGAAAAGAGGUUCACUUCUAAUGUUGGCGCGCCUCGGAGGGCUUUUAACGUUAUCAACAUCUGGUUGUAAUAUUGAUUUUGGACCAGCACAUUUCCUUCCGUUGCAUCCACUAGUCACUUACAGGCCUCCAUCUUACGCAGGCAAAGGAGAGGCAUCUCUGUCCAGCUCAAGCCUGUCUGUGCGAGAUGUGAUGAGGCAGCGAUAUUCAGUGACCUGCCACCCACAGCUGUUUUACUUCAUUGUGUCUGACGGUUACAUGGCAACAGUCGUCCGAGUGUUUGACAAGAUUUCACCGGCUCUGCUGUUGAGAGCUUUACUGAAUGACACGACUACAGAUCUGGAGAAGGCCAGUCAGUUACUGGAAAAUCCACAGAAGGUGUGGUUCAACUCGGUUUCAGCUCUGAAUGUGGAAAAGAGUCUUCUGGACUUAGGCUCAACCUACAGACUGAAGUCCACAGACGUGAGAACUUCAGCAGAUGGAUCCACGUUGCCCUUUUUCUUACAAGAUCAAGGGACGAUGGGAAACGCCCGGGACAUUCUCGAAACAGUGCAGACCUUCUUUGACGAUGAUUCUGAUGUGGAUGGGGUUCCACCUGGGUCCCAUGUUGAGGAAGGUGGUCGACUGGAGUUUGCCUCAAUGUUUGACACUCUUCAUGCUUUGAAUACACAUUAUGAACAAGUUCUAGAGUCAGAUUCUGAACAAGGAUCCUCUGUGGGAAAGAAAAUGUCUUACUGUGACUUGGAAAAAGUGGAGACCAAGCUGCUAAGUGCCUGGGCCUUUGGUUUGUCUUUGGGAAACUUUGGUGAAUCCAAAUCUUCCCUAUUGAAACACGCCAUGAAGUGCACUGUUCGCUUUGCAGCUUUGUCACAGCUACGACCCAGCUCCAUGGUGCAUUCAGAAAGUGAAGCUGAUCACACGUUGAACUUUCUCAAGAAGCUUUUUCAUUUUACUCCCUGGGACAGAGCAAACUCAGAAGGACCACUGUUUGUUGGGAUAAUGGUAGAACUUUGUAGAAAUCUGGUUCAACUAGUGCUGACCCCGUACACAGAAGCGUACUGCCAUCAUAACUGUGAAAUAUCAUCCCACAAUCUACUUACAGCACUCCAGAUAAUCCAAAUGUUUACCCAGUCUCUUGAUCAAACCUACUCACUACAGCAGAGAUGUGUCUGGUCUGAUGUAAAAGAAUCUUCUGAGGAACCGGAGCUCUGGCCCUCAGAUCUACACAGUGUGCCCGUCCUGCAAACUGAAACGAGAGAGGAGACAAACCUGAUGCACCGCACAUCACCUGCUGUUCAACCAUCCAGGAGGUUGCACGGUAUCUGGGUGUGGAUUUACUCAAUCACCCAAAAGUACAUGUGUGAACUGAAACAUCUUAAAGGUUAUGAGAACUGGGAAAGGGAAAAGCAGCAGGUAAUCGUCAUAAUGUGUCAGAUUCAGACAGUGUUACAAGCCUCUGGGGAAUGUCUGGAAGAGCCCAACAAACUCAGAGAUUAUUCAGGGGAGGAUCUUUUUCUUUGUGGCUUUUACACAGAAAGUUCAGAAGUUUGGUUCUCACAACUUUUGGAAACAAGGAAAAAAAGUGGAAAAGCAACUGUGUUUCAGGAGAAGCGUCUUUGUUUGGCACUUUUGUACAGUCUGCUCUCUCAGUAUCAUCUGAAACAAGCCCAGGAGCUGGGAGACCACAUGGUCUGUUUAAUACUGCAGACACAUAAGCACCAGGAGGACGGCAGCGGAGACGGCAUCAGCAACAAACGAGAUUCGUUCCAGUGCCCGUGGCUCUCAGAGGACGUCAGCACAGAUGCAGCUUAUGCAGUGGUUCAGACUCUGGGCAGAUUCAUGGCUUCUUAUUUCAGUAACCAGCCCCUUUACAUCCUGCCCCCCCACAGUGUGGACGUCCUUCCACCAGUGCAUCUGCCUCAUGCCUCCAGUCUGGGGCGUUUGGUCCCUCUGUGCCAGGCAGAGGUGUCGAGGGCCGUCCGACAGCAGCAGCUCUCAGGAGUCUGGACAGUGGAGUUUGCACAGGACCUGCUGAUGCUCGGGGCCCUGUUUCCAGAAGCUGUGUGGUUGGCUUAUCAUCUGGGGGACUGGAAAGCAGCAGUGUCUCUGAGUCAGGCAUAUUCAUGUUACUGCAAACAGCACUUUGAUUUCACUGGUUUGAACAGAAGGGAGCUCUUUCUGCCCAGGGAUUUACAACCAGCAAACAUCCUUCAAGCUGAGCUCAAGUGUCUGUUAGGAGACACUGGAGACUCCAAUGAACAAACAGAACUCGAUGCAAACCACAGUGUCUCAGACCCAGUUGAUGAAGAGGACUGGGGACUGUUGCACGUGUCCAUACAGGACAUUCUGAAGGCCUCGGUCAUGGCAGAGGUGGACGCUGUGUCUUCUCCUUUGUCCUCUCUUCUGGACAAAGCCAAGGAUUUCUGUUCAUGUUUGUCUGCGUUGGUGCCCACAGCUUUGUAUCUUCCAUCUCCACCUCUUUAUUGUCCGCAGCCUUCCCCAAACACUCAGGACCCGGUGGGCACAGUGGGGUAUCACACAGAACUUUCCUCUCGCCAUAAAAUAUCAGAAGUUAUCCAAAAAUUACUCUUAGUCUUGAGAUCUGCAAACUGCUGUUCCCCUGCGGCUCAGUGGUACCUCAGGCAGCUGCGACGUGCCCGACACAUCUUAUACAAGAUGAAGAAGAAAUAUUCCUAUCCCGGUGCGGUUCAAGUAGAGGUGUCGUUUCCAGAUGGUCUUUUAAAGUUCAGCAACAGGAGCGGGUGCUUCAGAUGGAGACCUAAAAAGAACAUCGACCCUGGCACAAUCCAGACAAUAAGCUGCUUCAGGGAGCUGUGUGGUCUCUGCUGGAUGCUUCACGUCAGGGAUCAGCUCUCUUUAUCCUGCAGAAAGUAUCAGGCCGAUCGACAGAAGGCGGGAGACGAGCAGAGCCAAGAGGAUUCUGAAGUGAGAUCUCCUUGUGUCGAUGCUCUUCAGUGGGCCCAGCGCUUUCUACCCUUUUCUCGGUUCCUAAACUGUGAAGAAAUAGUUCAGGACACUAUUCUCAGUCUUUUGUCUGAGCUGCCUCCUGUUUCAUUGGUGGCAGACGCUCUGGUGCAGUCUUUCCCAGAGGAAGAAGAAUCCGUUCGAGUCCCAUUGAGAGAAAAGUACAACACCAUAAUGCAGACUUUAAAGCAGUGUAAUGUCGUUGGUGCUGGGAAUGAAACAGGGGAGAUCAUGAUGGUUUUCAUUCAAGACAAACUCAGGCUGAGGAAGAAACACUUGAAUCGUUUACGGCGGAACCUGGCCCCACUUGAGUUACAUUUAUGGGAAAAAGAAAUAGAAGAGGAAGAAGAUCGAACCAAACAACUGUCUCUGGGGACGAGCCUGAGCACCAGCACCUUAACAGACUGUGGGCUGCUCCCUGUGCACAGCGACGCAGACGCAGCCGACGACACGUCCACGUCUGGGACCAAAGAGUCUAAAAUACGAGACAGGGGAGAUGAAACUAAGACUUCCAAGAAGGUCAAGAAUGUGAUUACAGGAGACGGCCCAUCAGGCGGCGCCAAAGACGAGCAGCGUUCAUCAGUAAAGCAGCCCUCUCUCCCCUCAGUGGGAUCAUGGGAGUUUGAGCUUGAAGACGCAGAGUAUCUGAACUUCCUAGAGCUUUUCCUCAGUUAUCUUUUAGAAAAAGAGCCUUCUGACUCGUCUAAUGAGCUUCCACUGCUGAAAGAUUUCUCCCACAAACUCAGAGAAAAAGAGCUGCAUUCUUUAGCUUUUGAUGUGUUAACAUCUUUGCAUCGACGCCAAAGAGACGGGCACCGCCAAGAAAGAAACAAGUCAGAGACUCACAUUUUCAGAGCAGGCUCCUGCUUUAGGCCAGAGACUCAAGGUCCUGCAGCUAUGACCUCAGCUCAGUCUGUCUCCCAAAAACAAGCCUCUUCUAGUGGUUUUCCUCAGCGUACAGCAGGCCGACAUAAAGGUCUGUUUAAUCAUCAAACUCAGCUGUGUGAUGUUUCACAGAGGAGCAUUAAGUGCAGCUCUGUUAGAAGUUCUCCUCAGACACAAACGUCUGAGAGCCUGAGGUUCUGCUCUGUGGCUCCUGCUGUGGAGCUGAUCCAGGGCCUUGACACUGAGUUAGAAGCUCAGUUUCCAGAGCUGGGCAGGCUGCUGGAGUGGCUGAUGCGCUGGGCAGACAGGAGGCUGCUCCUGGGGCAGCAUGGUAAGAACAGAGAGAAGAGACGUGGACAAACAGCUGAUGGAGUGGUCAUUCGGGUCAAAGCCUCUGCACCUGCAGUCCUGACCUCACUGCGUCUGAUGCAGCGCAGAUACACUGCUCUGUUUGGGAUGGACAGGACCCAUAUGCAAAUAGCACACACACAGUGGACUGUGGGCCCAGUGCUGCUUCCAACACAUCGAAAAGUGGAAAAGGAGAAGAGGAGAGUGGACACGAGCUCUGCUCUGACGUCUGAUACGGCCUCCAGGGUCCUGGAGUUAAUGUCGUCUGCUGGCUCCUGUGUCGGUGAAACUGAGGAGUUACAGAGAUCACACACUGAACACGCCCCAGAUCAGCCGCCCCCAGACGCUCCCAGUAGGUCACUGUCCUCACACUCUCCUGAGGCUCCAGCCCAAGAAGACGGGCACGUUCACUGCAGUGUCUGGGACUGCUCCUCCAUUUCGAGUGAAGUCUGCGCUCCAGGAGCAAGUUUGAAACUUUCAGACCUUGAAAAUCCUCAAACUCAAUCUCAUUCUGCCGUUUUGCAGACAAAGACGUCUCCUCACACAGAGUCUCUAACAGGGUCAGCAGAGAAAGAGGAGAGUGUGGUACAUGAUUCUGGUUCAAAGCUCCAGUCUUCAAGCCAAAGUCCAGAUCCUCACACAGAGCGCCCCCUAGCUGCCCCUCCAUUUGCCCCUCCAUUUGCCCCUCCAGCUGCCCCUCCUUUAGUGUCUCAUGUCCCUGAGGCUCAGACUCCAGAGAUGAGGCAGCGUCUGGGUGAGGACCUGUACAGACUGGUUCAGAAUAUUAACUACAUGAGCCUGAUGGAAGUCCUGGGAGCCUCGUUUUCUAAUUUACAACUUGCCCAGCAGAAUGUCUCUGCCCAAUCCAACUUCAACUUGUCUGUAAAUCUGCCAUUUUUAAAUAACGCCAUGACUCCCCCAUCUGUCCCCCGUCCCACAGAGCCUCCCCCAUCUGUCCCCCGUCCCUCAGAGCCUCUCACAGGGCCCAGCCCACCCCCUGAGCAUCGUCCUCAGGGCCCUGUGUGUGUUCAUCCAGGCUCCAGGGGCCUUCACACUGUGAACAUGAAUCUCCAGACUCCUCCUUUCACCCAUGGUCCAGUUUUGUCUGGUGGUCCAGAAAUGUCUCCACUUUCAGUUGAAGCUGGAUCACCUGUAAGAAACUCAAGAAACAAUCUGAUCCCGUGCACUGAGGGCCUUUUGACCACAGCUGACCUCAAACAAACUGUCCCUCAAAACCCUGUUUUACCUCCCUCCACCUGCAGCCUGCAGAGCCACGCGGCUCCUCUGCAGAGCCACGCGGCUCCUCUGCAGAGCCACGCGGCUCCUCUUCUCUCAGGGCUGAAGUUGCUUCAGCUCCAUUCUCCUCAGUUUUCUGCCCAUGUCUCCAGGUGUAGACCUCAGUCUCCACAGAAUCACCCACAAACUGAAUCUGGUCCCUCCAUGUUCAAACAUAAUGACCUCAUGAGGUUCACGAGAGGACACAUCCGUUUUACACUUGAGGCUCAACAUCAGCCUGUCCCUGUGAACUCAAAUCAAACACGACUCAAAGGACGAGAGGCUCCACGACUUCCUCUGGCUUCACCUGUUUGGACAGAAUCUGCUCCACAAAGACUGAAGCUUCUACAUGUGCAGCCCGUUUCAAACAGCAACAUAACCCUCCCCAGACUGUCCCCGGGCCCCGGGCCCCCGUCUGCACAGGCUGCACACACGGGACCAGCACCGAGAAUAAGACUCCUGCAACUAGAACCUCAGCCUAAGAUGAUGCUGCCGCUCCAAACCUCUUUAUCUCAAAUAUCACGGCUGAUUCUGGGUAAAAAACACAGUGACAGUUCUCAAGUGCAUCUGCUGAGAGCGCCUGCAGGGGGCGCCAACACAUCCUCCACUUUACACAACGCAGAUAAGAGGCAGAAAAGAAGAGAGAGACUGGAAAAGGCGGCGAGAGAGAUAACGUUUCGUCCAAAUGACUCCAUCAUCCCCCCAGAGACGACGUGCGAUUUCACAAAUGAAGACAUCGUUUCUGAGGAGGCCGUCGCUGAAACAGGCUCCGCCCCGUCCUCAGGGCCUCUGCUCAGGGGGGAGGCUUUACUGGAGCAGGUCUUUUCCACAGCUGCUGAGCUCCAGGCGUUUGCAUCCACCUGUAAGAAACCUCCAGAACGACACGACGCCUGCACCAACACAGACUCAGACCAUUCUCUUCACGUGGAUAAGGCCGUUUCUACUGACGUCAGAACAGAAGCUCCUGUUUUUAAAGAGGAACAAACCUACAACAAAUAUACUGCUCCAGAUCAGCAGCAGGGAACAGAAGAAAUACAGGCUCCACACGGGCGUCUCUUCGUCCGUGUGGUGGAUCUUGAAGACAAAUCCCUGCACAAAGAUUUGCCACAGUGUCACAUCGAUCGUUCUUCUGCCGCCGCUUCAGCCGAGCUUCACCUCCUGGCGGCCGGAGUCCUGAGAAACGGGGCCGAACCUCAAAUCUCCCAUGAACCAAUAAAUGAAACGCUUCAAGAUCAAACCUCUGAGCCAGAAAUCAACAUCGAGCAGUUUGUUCCACGCAGUCCUGUUGCGUGGGAUGUUGAUGGAGAAGAUUCUGCUGUAGAAAGUUGUGAAUUUGAAUCAAACGUCGUCAGAGCCGUAAAGUCUGAGCCGCUCGUGACCCCACAGUCCACAGUCUGGUUCUCCUCUCAAAUGUCCCACCUGGACUCACAGCUGACCGCUCUGCAGCGCAUCGCAGACUCCCUCGAGACGGACCUCUCCAAGUCCAGAGUGUUGGUGAACACUGAAGAAAAACUGACCCCAGUCGCGACGUCUGAGAAAAAGACAAACACAGGAGUAAAGAAAACUGUGCGGCUUUAUGCUCCAUGUGAAAUGCAGACACCACCACGUGACACUUCAACAGAACUGAACGUCUGUGGAUCAUUUCAGCUUCAAACAUCUGCCUCGACUAACACCGUCACUCCACCAGAGAGAAAACAGGACUCGACUGAACUCUCUGAACUGUCCAACACUGGUUUGACAGAUGAGACUCUAGAGGAGACGGGGUUAUCGGAUACAGCUGAAAUCUUAGAGCAGUUGGUCAGAGAAGGGUUUCUGUCGCCGACUGAGCUGGACUCCUCUGACUACAGGAGCAGGCUGGAUCUGGAGCAAAAAGGCAAAAUGUCAAAAAACAGUUUGACGCCCCAGGAUGAAAAAAGAGAGCUAAGGACCUGGAUGAGAAAAAAGCAGCGUGAGAGACUGGCUGUUUAUCAGAAACAUCGGCAGAAGCUCAGAGAGAAUGAGCGCAGGCCGUUUCCCUCCCCUCAUAAAACUAACUGUGUGACUAAAAAUGCAAACUUGAAAUCUAAAUGGGAACCUGUCCGUGUGUUGGAGCAUUUUAACCAGCGCACACUGGAGGCUUAUAACUUGGCCACUGAUCUUUGUGCCAGUGCCCCAAGAACACAAGGCUUUUCAGAUCCUGCAGACACGUUCACCGCCGGCCCCUCCUCCGCCGGCCCCCCCUCCGCCGGCCCCCCCUCCGCCGGCCCCCCCUCUGCCCCGCCCUUUGGCAGCACUUACAGGGUCUUUAACCCCUCAGUCAGGAAUAAGAGUCCACCUGAAAACCCUCGCCCUCGUUCAGCUGCGAUAAAAGACGUUCUUUCAGAUGAAUACCACAAGAGACUGGGUCUAGAUAGACCAGUGACAUCUUUGCCCAGGGACCGUCUCUCUCAGGUGACCCGCCGUGGAAUGUUGACGAGCCCAAGAUCUUCCAGGUCAAAUGCAGAUGACAAAAGAAAAAGUCCCUCAAGAGCACCAGCUGUGGAAAGAGACCAUCUGAAUAAAACUGAAACCCUGCACAGAUCCAGAACAUACACAGAGAGAGACGUGUCUCACCUCGAGAUACCUGGGCUGUACUUUAGUCAAGAGGAGCAGGACGAUAUCGUAGCAGGUGAGGCGCAGGGGGACGGGCCGGAGAAUCUGUCAGACACCGGAAGCAACAUCAGUCAAAUUGACUGGGCUGCGAUCGAGAGGAUGUUGGGGGACGAAAAAACAUCUUAAGUAAUGUUUACAGCUUGAGAUUUAGUAAUGUCUAAAUGUAAAGUCACUCCAGAUUUAUACGAUGAGCACAUCUGUGUGUGCAA